CACCGGAGAGAGAGAUAAAUUAUCAACGAACACGAAGACCUUAUUGGAGAAACCCCGCCAUUAAUGCAUAGCUCAACUACUCAUCUGAACCUUAGAAGUAGUGGUAGUAAUUCACACUCUCACCAAAUUGCUAAGGCCUCUCUCUCUCGCACUCUCUCUCUCUCCCCCCGCCCCCCCCCCCCCCCCCCCCCCCCCCCCUCUCUCUACUUUAUCUCUUGGAUAGAAAAGAUCCAAGGUUUUGUUAGAUCUUGAUCUGGAUGUGGAACUCUGCGGAGAAUGCGUUUUCCAGGACGUUGUCGCUUAGGGAGGAGGGAGAGGAUGUGGAGGCGCUACGGUGGGCCGCGCUGGAGAGGCUGCCCACCUACGCUCGCGUACGGAGAGGGAUCUUUAGGAACGUUGUUGGAGAUACCAGGGAGAUCGAGGUGACCGAACUCCAGGCUCAGGAGCAGAAGCUUGUGCUGGACCGGCUAGUCAGCUCGGUCGACGACGACCCGGAACUUUUCUUCGAUAGGAUGAGGCGCCGAUUUGAUGCAGUAAAUUUAAAGUUUCCGAAGAUUGAGGUUCGAUUCCAGAAUUUGACAGUUGAAUCUUUCGUCCAUGUUGGAAGCAGAGCACUGCCAACAAUUCCCAAUUUUGUUUUCAACAUGUGUGAGGAACUUUUAAGGCAGUUGCGGAUAUACAGAAGAAAGAGAAGCAAGUUGACGAUUCUAGACGAUAUUAGUGGGAUUAUUAGACCUUCACGAUUGACAUUGCUAUUGGGUCCUCCAAGCUCUGGAAAGACAACUCUACUGUUGGCUCUUGCUGGUCGCCUUGGAACUCAUUUGAAGAUGUCAGGCAGAAUCACUUACAAUGGACAUAGCCUGAACGAAUUUGUUCCUCAGAGGACAUCUGCUUAUGUGAGCCAACAGGAUUGGCAUGUUGCAGAAAUGACUGUAAAGGAAACUCUUGAACUUGCAGGUCGCUGUCAAGGGGUUGGAUUUAAGUAUGACAUGCUAGUGGAACUUGCAAGAAGGGAAAAGCUUGCUGGGAUAAAACCUGAUGAAGAUCUUGAUAUAUUCAUGAAGUCAUUAGCUCUGGGGGGAAAGGACACAAGCCUUGUUGUGGAGUACAUCAUGAAGAUUUUAGGGUUGGACAUCUGUGCUGACACAUUGGUGGGAGAUGAAAUGCUCAAGGGUAUUUCUGGGGGACAAAAGAAGCGGCUUACAACAGGUGAAUUACUGGUUGGUCCAGCAAGAGUGCUAUACAUGGAUGAAAUAUCAACUGGGCUUGAUAGUUCUACUACCUAUCAGAUCAUCAAAUAUCUGAAGCAUUCAACUUGUGCACUUGAUGCCACCACUGUAAUUUCUCUGCUUCAACCAGCUCCAGAGACGUACGAGUUGUUUGAUGAUGUAAUACUUUUAUGUGAGGGGCAGAUUGUAUACCAAGGACCUCGUGAUGCUGCUCUUGAGUUCUUCGCAUUUAUGGGAUUUGGUUGCCCAGAGCGAAAGAAUGUGGCAGACUUCUUGCAAGAAGUUACGUCGGAGAAAGACCAAGAGCAGUAUUGGUCUGUUCUGGACCGCCCUCACCGAUACAUACCUGCAGGAAAGUUUGCCGAAGCUUUUCGCUCAUAUCGUGCUGGGAAGAAUUUGUCUGAUGCACUGCGUGUUCCUUUUGAUAAACGCUACAAUCAUCCAGCAGCCUUGGCAACAUAUCGCUAUGGUGUAAAGAGGCGUGAACUUCUCAAGACCAGCUUUUACUGGCAGAGGCUAAUCAUGAAACGGAAUUCAUUUAUUUAUGUCUUCAAAUUCAUUCAGCUUUUUUUUGUUGCUUUGAUCACAAUGAGCGUCUUUUUCCGGACAACGAUGCACCAUAAUACGAUUGACGAUGGAGGCUUAUAUCUUGGGGCACUGUACUUUUCCAUGGUUAUUAUUCUCUUUAAUGGCUUUACCGAGGUGUCAAUGUUGGUGGCCAAGCUUCCAGUGCUUUACAAGCAUAGAGACUUGCAUUUCUAUCCAAGUUGGGUGUAUACUCUUCCUUCUUGGAUCUUAAGUAUUCCAACCUCGCUCAUAGAGUCUGGCUUCUGGGUGGCUGUCACAUACUAUGUGAUUGGAUAUGAUCCUUCAAUUCUUAGGUUUUUUCGACAGUUCUUGUUAUACUUCUUUCUGCACCAAAUGUCAAUAGCUCUCUUCCGUCUUAUGGGUUCCUUGGGCCGGAACAUGAUAGUUGCCAACACCUUUGGAUCAUUUGCCAUGCUGGUUGUCAUGGCUCUUGGAGGGUUUAUUAUUUCUAGAGAUGAUAUACCAAAAUGGUGGAUCUGGGGAUUCUGGAUUUCUCCUUUGAUGUAUGCUCAAAAUGCAGCUUCUGAUAAUGAAUUCCUUGGACAUUCUUGGGAUAAGAGCGCCGGGAAGAACCUGAGCUCUCCACUAGGUGAGGCAUUAUUAAGGGCGCGUGCUUUGUUUCCAGAGACGUACUGGUAUUGGAUUGGAGUCGGUGCUAUGAUUGGAUACACAGUUUUAUUCAACGCACUUUUCACGUUCUUUCUAGCUUAUCUUAACCCUUUGGGGAGACAACAAGCUGUAGUGUCUAAGGAAGAGCUGCAAGAGAGAGAAAGGAGAAGGAAAGGUGAAACAGCGGUUGUUGAGCUGAGGCAUUACUUGCAGCAUUCGGGUUCAUUAAGUGCAGGAAAGCAUCUUAAGCAGAAAGGCAUGGUUCUCCCAUUUCAACCACUUUCUAUGACUUUCAGCAAUAUCAAUUACUAUGUGGAUGUCCCUCUGGAAUUGAAGCAACAAGGGAUAGUAGAAGAUAGAUUGCAACUGUUGGUUGAUGUCACUGGAGCAUUUAGGCCUGGUAUCCUUACAGCAUUGGUUGGAGUCAGUGGUGCUGGGAAAACCACCCUCAUGGAUGUAUUAGCCGGUCGAAAAACUGGUGGAGUCAUAGAAGGGAACAUACAGAUAUCUGGCUAUCCCAAAAGGCAGGAAACUUUUGCAAGAAUUUCCGGUUACUGUGAACAGACUGAUAUUCAUUCCCCUUGCUUGACUGUUUUGGAAUCACUUCUGUUCUCUGCCUGGCUUCGGUUACCAUCAGAUAUUGACUUGGAGACACAAAGGGCCUUUGUUGAGGAGGUGAUGGAACUUGUAGAGCUCACUCCAUUGAGUGGGGCAUUGAUUGGUCUUCCUGGAGUUGACGGUUUGUCAACAGAACAACGAAAAAGAUUAACAAUUGCUGUUGAACUAGUUGCCAACCCUUCUGUAGUGUUCAUGGAUGAGCCCACAUCAGGGUUGGAUGCAAGGGCUGCAGCUAUUGUGAUGAGAACUGUGAGGAAUAUUGUAAAUACUGGGCGAACAAUAGUGUGCACAAUCCAUCAGCCUAGCAUAGACAUUUUUGAAUCCUUUGACGAGCUUUUAUUUAUGAAGCGAGGAGGACAGCUCAUAUAUGCUGGUCCACUUGGCCCCAAGUCUCAAGAGCUCAUCAAAUAUUUUGAGGCAGUUGAAGGAGUGGAAAAAAUCAGGUCUGGCUAUAAUCCUGCUACAUGGAUGCUUGAGGUUACUUCUCCUACUGAAGAGAACCGUAUUGGAGUGGACUUUGCCGAAAUUUACCGAAACUCAAAUUUAUUUCAACUUAACAGAGAGUUGGUUGAAAGCCUAAGCAAGCCGAGUAGUACUGCCAAAGAAUUGAACUUUCCAACCAAGUACUCUCAGUCAUUCUUUCACCAGUUUUUGGCUUGUCUUUGGAAGCAAAAUCUAUCUUAUUGGAGAAACCCACAAUACACUGCUGUUCGCUGCUUCUAUACUGUCAUCAUCUCAUUAAUGCUUGGAACGAUAUGUUGGAGAUUUGGUGCUAAAAGGGAUAGCCAGCAGGAUUUAUUUAAUGCCAUGGGAUCAAUGUAUGUAGCUAUCCUGUUCGUUGGAAUUACUAAUGCCACUGCUGUUCAACCAGUUGUUUCUAUAGAGAGAUUUGUUUCAUAUCGAGAGAGAGCCGCAGGGUUGUACUCAGCUUUACCAUUUGCAUUUGCUCAGGUUGCUAUUGAGUUCCCCUAUGUGUUCUCACAGUCAAUCAUCUACUGCACAAUUUUCUACUCAAUGGCUUCGUUCGAGUGGACUCCCUUGAAGUUUAUUUUGUAUUUAUUCUUUAUGUAUUUUACUAUGCUCUACUUCACCUUUUAUGGAAUGAUGGCAACUGCUGUAACACCAAAUCAUAAUGUCGCUGCUGUCAUAUCUGCUCCAUUUUAUAUGCUAUGGAACCUUUUCAGCGGUUUUAUGAUCCCUCACAAGAGAAUCCCAGUAUGGUGGAGAUGGUAUUAUUGGGCGAACCCUGUAGCCUGGAGUUUGUAUGGCCUCGUGACUUCACAAUAUGGUGAAGAUAAUAGAGUAGUGAAACUAUCAGAUGGAUUGCACUCGAUGCCCGUAAGGCAAUUAGUCAAGGAUGUCUUUGGGUAUAGGCAUGAUUUCUUGAGUACAGCCGGCAUAAUGGUGGUUGGUUUCUGCAUGUUCUUUGCUGUCAUUUUUGCAUUUGCAAUAAAAUCAUUCAACUUCCAAAGGCGAUGAGAGGUCGAAGUUAUGUGCACCAUUAAGAGGUCUCGUGUUAGGUUUCGGAAUUGAUGCAUAUGCUUGGCUAAGUAUAUCAGUUCCUGGUAAAUGAAUGUUACACGAUAACUAUAUAUAUAUAGCAACAAGAUUUUCUAGUAUGUAAUGUUAUUUGGACUUCAGAAGAUUGUGUAAACUAAUACUAGUUGCAUGUUUCAAUAUUAUUGAUCAUAAAUAAUUUGAUCGAAAAUGUUGUAAAGUCAGAGACUAUUGGCAUAUAAGAAUUUGUUUUCAACAGAAUGGUUGGAAAACCACUAUUGUAAUGCAUUGUGAUUUUCACA